CUACCUCACUCACCUAUCUGGCUUACCUCAGAGCUGACUGAACAUUCGUAAAAAAGCUCUACCUCUAGGACUUGUUCAAAAUUCCAGUAUGUCUCGUCUGUCGGUCGUGAGAGGUCUUCCAUGCGGUUUCCUCCGUAGAGGCCACCUAUACCUGGGUUGUCGACAUAAGUUUCGCUGUCUGUCCGAUGACACUGAUUCGUCCUCUGACCUGGUGCAGAGUAAGCUCAAGCGGGUCGAAAUGAAGAAGCCUUUGGCACAGCCAAAUUACCACUAUGUCUGGCCGGAAGUUUAUAGCAGCGAGGAUAACGAGAUGACCGAUGAUGGAUUCACCGCCACAUGGAACUUUAAGAACAAUGAACUGGACGUAGAGCAGCUGGCAGGUCUACCGAGUCCCAAUGAGGCCGACGAUCCGUACUCGUAUUCCGAGUAUGAAGAAGAGACCACUGAAGAGGAGGAGCAUCAGAAGUUCCAGGAGGAAUUGCAGUUUGGUAGAAUGCUCGCCUUGCGAGAGCAACUGAACCGAGAGCUCAGCUCCUCCGAAUCCUUUACCACGGACGAACGAAACUCUCUGGCUUCUGUGAAGGAGAAUGUGGACUUUAUGAUGGAGGAGCUGAGUCAGAUUUCAUUCAUGUUGAAGGCCCUGUACCCCGAGCAAUGCAACGCCACCGCAUAUUCCGCCGCUGAUUCAAUGGUCGAGGAGGAUUGCGUCAUGGGAAGAGCUUACUCGGAACCUCAGAUGGCUUCUUGGGUAUACACAAAUCCCAAAUUGAACCCCAACCAAGCGAAUGCUGAUGUCUAUGAUGUGGAAGAAAAGGAAGAUGUAACAAUAGAGGCUCAGAUGGAAUCUGAAAGCCCUGUGAUGACCACUGAAGUUGAAGAAGUACCCAAGGAAGAGCUGCUGAGCUAUGAACAAGAGCCCGAGGCACUCGACGAGGUAACGGCCGCUGAUGACUCGCCAAAGAGCACACCUGCAGCACCAGCCAAGAGCACUCCCACUCCCACUCCCAAUCCGAACCCGAAUCUCUAUCCCAAUCGAGUUGUCAGGCAUGACCCUCAGCCGCAGGAAACCAUACAUACGUAUAAACCCUUCAGGACCAUCGAAGUACCAGCUCCUAAGACCAGUCAGAGCCAUUACUCCCAAGCCAAUGAAGGGGAAGUGCCUAUCCAGGAAGAGCUAACUGUUGCAGGACGCAAUGAAAACUCUCCAAUAACAGAGGGCUUCAAAUUUUCUACCCAACUUUCGGAGGCCGAGUCACGUUACCUAAUGCACUUGGUCUUGAAGCAAGCCCUACACGAUCUGGAGUCUGGUAAAACCAAAUACCAAGCCACUCUGAUGAUGGCCGACGACGAGGAGAGUCAUGGUGUGGAUUAGUUUUGACAAAUUAGUAAAAAUUCAUAAAAUAAUAUUAAGAUUUA